AUGAGCGCCAUGCGACCUGUCCUCAAACAGACAACACCCACAAAUAUCAGUGUCUACUUCAUACUCUAUGGCAUCCUGGGAGUAGAUGAAAAGGCACAGCUGUUGACAACAUUUAUUUGGCAAGUAUUGGAAUGGAAAAUUGAGUUUCUAAGUUGGGAUCCUGUACACUGUGGAGCUUCUAGAAUUUCACUGCCACGGAAAAAGUUGUGGAUCCCAGAUAUUCUCAUCAAUGAAUUUAUGGAUGAGGAGCGAUCCCCAAGCGUGCCCUAUGUGUACGUGUAUAACAACGGUCGUGUGAUGGACAGCCGGCCUGUCAGAGUGGUCAGCUCCUGUAACCUGGACAUCUACACUUUCCCCUUUGAUGUACAGAACUGCACUCUCACCUUUAACUCCUACUUGCACAUUGCUGCUGACAUUCAGCUGAAGCUGGGGAGGUCAGCUGAGGAUACACUGAGGGACUCAAGGGAGGUGAUGGAGACCAUAGGAGAGUGGCAACUGAUCAACAUCACCGCCACUGACAUAUUCUCCGAGCUGUCUGAAGAUAGCUAUGAUGCAGUCAUCUAUCAUAUAGUCCUGAAGCGCAGGGCCACUCUGUAUGUGGUGAAUCUCCUGGUCCCCAGCUGCUUCCUCCUCACAGUGGACCUCUUCAGUUUCCUUCUGCCCCCACAGAAUGUGGAUCGUUCUGCCUUCAAAAUGACCCUCAUUCUUGGCUACACUGUGUUUUUGCUCAUCAUGAACGACCUGCUGCCUGUCACUGGAAACAGAAUCCCCUUGAUAAAUGUGUUCUUCUCUAUCUGCCUGGCUCUGAUGGUGGCAAGUCUCUUAGAGACUGUUCUCAUCACCAACAUUUUGUGCAACUCUAGCCACUACCCACCUGUGCCUCACUGGAUCCGUGUGAUUGUCCUACACUAUCUCACACGGCUCGUCUGCCUCUCUAAAAAACCCAGCAAUCACGACACUGUCACACUCAGCCCUACCAUUCAAGAAAAGAAGUUGGAGGCUGCAGCCUGUCCCUCUGUUCCAGCAGCAGGCCAGUCUGACAUCACCCCACGCAGGACAGAGCUCUGGCCUGAAGGACCAUUCCUGGAGGAGCUGAAGAAGAUGAGUCAGGACCUGCUAUCCAUCCGUCUCCAAGUGGACAAGCACCUUGCCAGCAAUGACACUGCAGAGGAUUGGAUUCAAAUUGGCAAUGUCAUCGACCGGCUGCUGUUUGGUCUUUACCUCCUCUUCAUCUCCGUCAGCUUCAUUGUCAUAAUCGGGGCAGAGAAAAUUCCAGCUCCAGACAGAAGGGAUUUUAAUAUUCACUGUCUAACCAGCCAGCGAUGGCCUGCCAUUCAUCAAGGGGUCAUCCUAUUCACCUGCUGUCUGCUUAUACAGGUUCAGUGUUUAGAAUCUGCUGCAACAGUGAAUUGCUCCCAUCCGGACACAGAGUCCCUUCUUGUCGCCCUGGACACAGUCCUUAACAGGAGUGCUGUCAGACCUGUCCUCAACCUGUCAACCCCCACAAACAUUAGCAUCGAAGUCACAAUCGUUGGCAUUCUGGGAGUGGAUGAAAAAAAACAGUUGUUAACAACUUUUAUUUGGCAAGUGCUGGAGUGGGAUAUAGAAUUUGUGAGCUGGGAUCCCAUACAAUGUGGAGCUUCAAGAAUUUCACUGCCCAGAACAAAGUUGUGGACACCAGAUAUUCUGAUCAGUGAAUUUAUGGACGAUGACAGGUCCCCCAACACACCCUACGUGUAUUUGUUUCACAACGGUCAUGUGUUUGACGAUCGACCUGUCAGAGUGGUCAGCUCCUGCAACCUGGACAUCUACACCUUCCCCUUCGAUGUGCAGAACUGCACUCUCACCUUCGGCUCAUACCUGCACUUCAGUUCAGACAUCCACAUGUUUCCAGCAGAGAAUAUCCAACAUGCACUGGAUGAGUCCAAGAGUGUUCUGCAGACUAUGGGGGAGUGGGAGCUGAUCAACAUCAGAGCAACUCAUAGUACUCUUCAAACCGUCAACUUGAGUUACUCUGAGGUCAUCUUCUAUGUGGUACUGAAGCGCAGGGCCACCCUGUAUGUGGUGAACCUCCUGGUCCCCAGCUGCUUCCUCAUCACAGUGGACCUCUUCAGUUUCCUUCUGCCCCCACAGAAUGUGGAUCGUUCUGCCUUCAAAAUGACCCUCAUUCUUGGCUACACUGUGUUUCUGCUCAUCAUGAACGACCUGCUGCCUGUCACUGGAAACAGGACGCCUCUUAUAAAUGUUUUCUUCUCUAUCUGCCUGGCUCUGAUGGUUGCAAGUCUCCUGGAGACUGUUCUCAUCACCAACAUCCUGUACAGUUCUUCCCACUACCCUGUGGUGCCUCACUGGAUCCGUGUCAUUGUCCUACACUAUCUGGCUCGGCUCGUCUGCCUGUCCCAGGAACCGAGCAACCGGGUCACUGUCACGCUCAACCCUGCCUUUCAAGAGAAGAAGUUAGAGGUUCCAGCCGGCCCCCCUAUUCCAGCAGUGGGCCAGUCAAACAUCCCUCCCUGUGGGACAGAGCCCUGGCCUGAACAGCAGGUCCUAGAAGAACUGAAGAAGAUAAGGCAAGACUUGCUAGCUAUUCGGUUCCAAGUGGACAAACAACUGAAAGGCAACCACAGUGCAGAGGAGUGGAUUCAGAUCGGCAAUGUCAUCGACCGCCUGCUGUUUGGCAUUUACCUCCUCUUCAUUUCAGCCAGUUUCAUCUCCAUCAUCAUAAUCUGGGCUCAGUGGCACAGCCAGUAACUGCACAGGUUGAUAAUUACACCAGCUCAUAAGGCUAAUUUCAAAGUACAUUUUAAUGCAUGCACUUUUAAUCUAUU